ACGUUGCUGCCAGUUAUUUGGCUGCUCUGCUGACAGAGGAGUUGUCUGCAGCUUUCUCAUCCCUAACAGCAACGACGCCACUCUGUGCUCUAACUGCCAUGAGGUGUCUUGUUAAGUGUUGGUUGGUGCUGUCGUUAACGUGCUACCUUCUAUCUCUGGUAAAUACCGAAAAUAAUGGAGAACUGGCACACGUUACGGAUACAGUUUUUGGAACCAAAUGUCAACGUCGACCACCCGGUUUUCUUUCUCCCAAAACAACGGGGGAUAAUGGUUUUAAGAUAAAAGUUGGUGUAUCAGGUAGCGUAGAUCGUUACGUUCCCGGUGAGAUAUAUACAGUCAGUCUUCAAGGUUAUAGAACUCAAUACAGUGUACAGAAGUUUACAGGAUUUAUGAUCGUUGUGGAACCAUCUAAAGUCGAAAAUGAUGCAAAUGAAGAUCCAAAAUUUACAGGAUCGUUCCAGUUACUGGGCGAUGCUCUUUCGAAAAUUUCGGAAGAUUGUCCAAACGCGGUCGUUCACACUUCAUCCAUUCCUAAAUCCGAAAUUCAAGUUUUAUGGGCGGCACCAAUGGCAGGAACCGGAUGCAUAGUGUUUAGAGCAACUGUCAUUGAACAUCGGGAAUUAUGGUAUAUGGAUGAUGGAGGUUUAUCAAAAGAAUUAUGCGAAGAAGAAACGGAACAACCAGAAAUUAUUGAAGAAUGUUGCGCUUGUGAUGAAGCCAAGUAUGAAGUAACCUUUGAAGGUCUAUGGUCAAAGUUUACACAUCCCAAAGACUUCCCAACAAAUGAAUGGCUUACCCAUUUCUCUGAUAUUGUCGGUGCAUCUCAUACCUCCGAUUUCCGUUUAUGGGAACAGGGAAAUUAUGCUUCUGAAGGUGUGCGUCAAGUUGCAGAAUGGGGUGCAACUAAAAAGUUAGAAUCUGAACUCAAUGCGGAGAAAGAUAAAAUCCGGACAAUUAUUAAAGCAAAGGGCCUUUGGUACCCGAAUGUCAAUGGAAAGACGUUUGCUGUUUUUAGAGUCGACAAGAAGAAACAUCUCAUGUCAUUGAUUAGUAUGUUAGGACCAAGUCCAGAUUGGAUUGUUGGAGUUAGUGCUUUAGAAUUGUGUCUAAAGAAUUGUUCUUGGGUUAAUGAAAAAAUAAUUAAUCUUUAUCCGUGGGAUGCUGGAACCGAUAAUGGCAUAUCAUAUAUUUCACCGAACUCUCCAACUGUUCCUCAAGAAAAGAUUCGUAGGAUUACUUCAUCGUAUCCAAAUGACGAAUUAUCACCAUUUUAUGACCCUUCUGGUACUCCUAUGAAGCCCCUUGCUAAAUUAAUUGUUACUAGAGAAAGAGUUUAUGAAAAAUCAUGCAAAGAUACAGAUACCUUUUCUUUACCUCCUGAAGAACCCGAGCACGAAAGUGAUCGACGUAAGUAUCCUGUUGAAGAAAAUAGCACUUUUAAUUGAUAAUGAUGAAUAAAAUUUACAUAAAAUAUUAUAGCUGAAUGUCGAGUGUCAGAAUGGAGUGAAUUUACACCUUGUAGUGUAACGUGUGGGGAAGGCAUAAGGAUGAGGAAUAGAUCUUUUUUGAUGGAAAAGAAAGCCCAAAUGAUGGGAUGCAAAACACAAAUAGUAGAAAAAGAAUUGUGUGAAGUGGAAUGUUCUGGAGGUUUCAGUUGCGAAACAACGAACUGGAGCGAAUGGACUGAAUGUAGUGUGACGUGUGGUAAGGGUUUUCGCAUGAGAAAUCGUAGAUAUGUCAAUUCUAUGUCACGUAAAAGUUGUACUUUGAGUUUAGUCGAGAAGGAAGUUUGCAUGACCGAUUCUGAAUGUGAAAAUAAAGAAAUUAUUGAUGCCCAAUGUGCUGUUACACAAUGGUCCGAAUGGUCCCCGUGUACAGUAACUUGUGGUAAAGGUAUGAAAGUUAGAACUCGUUUAUACUUCGAUUCGACAGCACUCGCUUCUUGUAACGUUGAAUUAAUUCAAAAAAUGGUCUGUAUGUCUGGAAGAACAGAUUGUACCAUCGAAGCCAUUGAAGCAAAAGAAAUUUGUAUGCAACCGAAAGAAGUAGGACCCUGUAGAGGUUAUUUUGCAAGAUGGUAUUAUGACUUUACUAAAAGAGAUUGUAUACAGUUCAUAUACGGAGGUUGUCGAGGAAAUAGGAACAGGUUUGAACGUUACGCUGAUUGUACUCAAACAUGUGCUAUGCUAAUGAAAGCACUUCCCAUCCCCUCAGCAACAUUAGCUACAGCUCCUUUGCCUGCCUCGAACAAAACAGAGGAUGGUGCUGUCAAUUGCGUGGUGACUCCGUGGUCAGAAUGGAGCCCUUGUUCACGAAGUUGUGGUAAAGGAAAAAAAGAAAAAAGAAGAAUGAUUAAAAUUAAUUCAAAAAAUGGUGGCAAGCCGUGUCCUAGAAAAUUAGUGAAGGUCAAGAAGUGUAAAGCUAAUCCUCCGUGUUCGGUUAAUUGUAUGAUGAGUCCUUGGGGAGAAUGGUCGGCAUGUACUAAAACGUGUGGAGAAAAUAGCAUACAACAAAGAAUGCGUCAAAUUAAAAAACCGGCUAAACAUGGUGGUGUGCCGUGUGGGCCAAAGGUCGAACGCAAAUAUUGUGUACUACCAUCGUGUCCGAAGAAGAUGUCAAGUAACUUCGAUAAAAUGUCGUUUGGAUGCGUAUUUUCACUAAUUUAUUUGCUAAUUAAAGUAAUUGGGGUAACAAAUUCAGCCGAAACAACAGAAUUAUGGAAUGAUGAGAACUUCGCUCGUUUCUCUUGGGAUUGUAAACGAAUGCCAAAUAAUGCCAAGUAUUCCAAGGAGGAUGACGGAUUUCAGAUUAAAAUACACGGAAAUCCUGACAGUUAUACACCAUUAAAGGAGUAUACAGUUAUUUUAGAAAACGAAUCUCCAAAUAAGAAAUUUUCAGUUUUUUAUCUUGUAGUUGAAUCAGCCUCAAAUAAGCCUCAAAAUGUUGGAAAAUUUAAGGUUACAGACAAAAUACUUUCAACAUUUUCUCAUUCUUGCCCUAAUACAAUUAUGUACACGUCAACAGUACCAAAAAGUCAAAUUCAGGUUUCGUGGGUGGCACCAGGAAUUGAUUCUGAAUGUGUAGUUUUCAAAGCGACAGUUUUGGAUAUCCUAGAUUUUUGGCAUCAAGAUGAGGGAAGAUUAACGUUAAAUCUAUGUCAAGGAGAACUAGACAAUAAUGUACAACCGGAGAUUCUCGAAAAGUGUUGUGCAUGCGAAGAAGCCAUGUAUGAACUUGUUUUUGAAUGUUUAUGGUCAGAACAUACCCAUCCAAAAGAUUUUCCAGCGGAUCGAUUCCGUACUAACUUUUCGACAAUUAUGGGCGCUACUCAUUCUGCCGAUUUUCGAAUAUGGGAUUAUAAUCAAAAAGCAAGCCAAGGUAUUGCUGAAUUUGCAGAAGAUGGUACGAUUGAGACAUUGCAAACAGAAUUAAAAUUGCAAUCAGACAAAAUUCGCACAGUCAUUAAAGUUAAAGGUCUCGACGCUCCUACACUCUAUGACAAAACUUUUACAAUAUUUCGUACAGACAAAGAUCAUCAUUUGUUAUCCAUAUUAAGCAAAUUAAUUCCAAGCCCAGACUGGGUUGUAGGAGUACCUGCAUUAGAAUUAUGUCUAAAAAACUGUUCUUGGAUUCAUAGCAGAAUUUUAAAUCUUUUUCCUAUAGAUAUAGGAAUCAUUGAAGGAAUCACUUAUAAUGCUUCUAAGACGAAAACCAUUCCUCAAGCGCCAAUUCGACCUAUUAAAGCUACUUAUCCAACUCAUCAAGAAUCGCCUUUCUAUAAUGUUCUGAAUCCUAUUGCAAAGAUUAUUAUUACUCGACAACGAUUGUUUCAGAAAGACUGCACUUCUGCAUUGGAAACGUGUCCUGUCACCGAGUGGUCACCUUGGAGUCCAUGUAGUUCGACUUGUGGAAAAGGAGUUCAGAAGAGAACUAGAAAUUAUUUAAAUGGAUUUAUUCCACAGAAAGAUUGCCGUUUAAUCGAAAAACAAACAUGUUACGCAGGAUUAUGCAAUAACAGGGAUUCAGCAAUACCAUCAUAUCUAUGUAAAGUGUCGGAAUGGGAAAGUUGGUCAGAAUGUACGUGUGGUAAAGUGUAUCGUGUUCGCUACAGAAAAUAUGAAAAUCCACUUCCCAUUGAAGGUUGUUCUAUCCCUCUGAAGGAACAAGAAAUGUGCCCAGUUACUCCAACUUGUACGCCACCACAAGAAUGUGGUGUGACGCGUUGGUCAGAAUGGACCCCGUGUUCUGCCACGUGUGGAGAAGGCACGAGAAUUCGAACACGUUUGAUACAUAAUCCUACCGCUUACGCCCAAUGUAAUAUAGAAUUAUAUCAGAAUGUCACAUGUACUGGUGAUGCUAUUGACUGCGACGAUACCGAGUCUACAGCUGUUUGUAUGCAACCGAAAGAAGCAGGGCCGUGCCGUGGGCAUUUUCCUCGUUGGUAUUAUGAUUCGACCAAAAGAAUGUGCAUGACAUUUAUUUAUGGUGGAUGUCAAGGAAAUGGAAACAGAUUCGAACGUUUUUCAGACUGUGAUAGAAGAUGUGAAACACCUUUACGAAACAAUCUAGAACUGGGUGCCGUUGAUUGUCAGUUAACAGAGUGGACUGAAUGGAGUCCGUGUUCACGAACAUGUGGCACGGGACGACAAGAAAGAAGGAGAAUGGUUGAAAAAAAUGCAAAAAAUGGUGGAAAACCGUGUCCUCCUAAACUUGUUAAAAGAAGAAAAUGUGAGAUGCCUCCAUGUAGUAAGUAAUUUUUUUAAUAAUCU